AUGUAUCUCCAUGAUUUGCUUGUUGAAAGGUCUAGCUACGCUUUAAAAGAUGAAAACCCAAAAUUCCCUUCAAUAAACGAAGAUAUAAAAGUUGUGUGCUUGGUUCGUAAAAGGCGUUCACAUGAGGAAGAGAAAUUGCAUUUAGAAUAGAAAUUACUUUCCAAAAUUUGUAUCAUUGAUUAAGAUGAUAUAUUCGAUAAAUUUUGUCUUCAAGGUUCCUUAGAGGAUAUCAUAAACUUGUUAAUUGAAUGUUCCAAUGGAUUAGCAUUUUCUUCUUAACCAAAGGUCACUCUAAACUCAAUUGCAAAAUAAUAUAUUGUGAAUGAUGCCAUCUGGUUCAAUCCUAAAACGUAUUAGACAUGCGCUGGUUGGGUUAUAAAUGAGUUUGAAAAAGCUAUAGCGUUAAUAUAUUAUCAAAGUUAAUAAGGAAAUUUAACUGACAACAAUUCAAUCUAAAAUGAGGAUCUUAAAAAAUAUUGGAUGUAAAAUGCUGAUUUUAAAUUAAAAAUACUAAAUUAAAUUCCUUAAAUAUGCAAGGAAUUUAAGAAUGCUCCAAAAAAGAAAAAUACUAAGUAGGAAGAUAUUUUAUGGGCAUAAUUGUUGAUGAAAAAGCCUAUGUAAACAAACGAUGGAUAGGGUGGAUAUGAUAUCAAUAACAUCAUCGCAUCAUUAGAAAUAAAUGAGAAGGAAAUCAACUAACUAUUUGAAAAUAACAAUUUUGAUAAUAUCUAUUGUUAACCUUUGGAAAGAUUUAGUUUGCUUUCAUCUUAUUGUGAAAAGAGAAUUUUGAGAAUGAUUAGAGAUUAAUUUAAAGAAAAACUAGUCAAAGAUCUUUAAGAAAUAGAAGGCAAAGAAAAAAAGAAGACUCAAGAUCAAAAAAAGAAAUCUAAAAAGUAGAAGAAAUAAAAAAGCAAAAAUGAAAAUGAUUCUUAAAAAAAUCUGAUCUCAAAUCAAGAUAAAUGUAAUAGUGUUGAAAUGAAUGAUAAAUAAGAUACAACUUAAGAUGAUGUACAUUGUACUGAAUGUGAAUGCAAUAGACAUUCAAAUCCUUGCUCUGAUCAUAAGCAAAUUGAUUUUAUAACUGCUGAUCUUCAUAAAAAAGAUACCAAUAUUUUAGAGCCAACUAAGAUAACAGAGUUGAUUCAAGAGAUAGAUCGAAAUGAAAAUGAAUUAAGUGGUUAAAAUGAUGAUGAAGAUAAUUGGGUUGUUAUCACAGCACCAAAAAGACAACGAAAGAAGACCUAAAGAAAAUUUGCCAGUUCUCAGGAUCUCCAUUUAAAAAAGGCUAAUCCAAACACUAAAUCUAAUCAACCCACUUAAAUCACUCCCACUUAAAAACCUAAACCUUAAAUUAUAAAUCAAUUUAAUUACUAGCAAAAGGAUAUUGAAGAUAAAGAUAAAGAGAAUUUUUCUAAUAGAAAUAGUCUAAAAAAUAGUAGUUAAGAAACACUCUCUUAAUAAACUCUUACUCCUGAAAAGAAGGAGGCUAUAUCUCCAUAAUCAGAAAAUGCAGAAAUUACAAAAUAAAAUAAGGUUUCUUAGAAUCCUAUCUAAAUUACAGUAGAUGAAAACUCGAUAAUUAAACCAUUGAAACAUGUAAUUCAAAUAUAAGAGUUGAGUCUUUGUUAAGAGGAAUUAUUAUUGGAUAACAAUAAUUUAAAUAUGAAUUAUUCUUAAAAUAAUCUAGAAUUUUAUAAAGCUAACAAUCCUGAUGAAAUUGAUACUAUUAUUAUGAAUUAAGCCAGAACUUUAAUGAUUAAGAAACUAGAUAUGGAUAUGAGGGAAUUUAAUGACUUAAACUUAACAAAGAAUCAGGAAAUUCUAUAAAUGAGGAGAGUAAUCUAUGACAGAAUUUCCUUUGUCAUCAAUUAACUGUUUAGAGAAUUUAAUUCUAAUGUUCGUCUAUUUGGAUCAUGUGCAACUGGUUUAGCCCUUCCAGAAAGCGAUAUUGAUAUUGGAAUUACAGGGUUUGAAUUAUUUCCAUCCACUCAAUUAAAUGGACCAAUCUAAAAAAUAAUUGAUUUUCUUUAAAAAAUGAAAUGGGUCAAAAAUAUUAGAGCAAUUACAACUUCAAAUAUGCCACUGAUUAAACUUCAGGUUGAUCCUACCAUCUCCUUUGUAGACUCAUCUCAUGUCCUUGUAUUACCCUACAUUGAUUUGAUUCCUAAUUCUGAUGAAGAAAUUCCAUCCCAUCUAUUCAGUGUGGAUGUCAGCUUCUUCUAAUAUUAAGGAGCUAAAUAAAAUUGGCAUCUAGGGUAAAUUUCAACAGAAUUGACUCUCUAAUGGCUAUCCUUUUAUAACGAAUUAAGACCAAUAGUUCUGUUAUUCAAGAGCUUAUUGAAGAAGAGAGGAUUAAAUGAUUAAUACAAAGGAGGGAUCUCUUCUUUCUGCAUUAUUCAAAUGGUUUUAGCAUUCUUAGAGAGUUGCUAUCAAUAAAAUUAAGCCUCCUCUAUUGGAUAUACUACUUAUAAAUUCCUACAAUUUUAUGGGAUGGAAUUCGACACCCAAAAGACAGGGAUUAAUUACAAAGGAUUCAAUUAAGAUCCAUUUUUUGAUUUAAAUGAAGAUGACAAUUAACUUUAGAUUACCAUAGUAUCACCAAUCACAAAUGAAGUAAUCAGUCAGGCUAGUUCAUUUGUUUAAACUAUCUUACAAGAUAUAAAGGCUUUGUACUUAGCAACUGAGAAUGAAGUUACCUUCUUUUAUGAGAAAUUAAAGUAUAACAAAAAGAAAAAAGGAAAAAAGGAGGAAAGAAACUUGUUUCAAAAAGAACUUAAUAAACUAGGUCCUCUUUUUAGCAAUACUCUUUAUAAUAAAACUUGA